AUGCGGUUUUCCCAAUCCCUUUACUCCUCGCUACUCCUCAUACCGCUGGCUAUUGUCAGUGGUCAGGAAACAGGAACACCUCGGGACCAAGAGACAGGAACCUAUCCGCCUAUUCCUCCCGCAACACCACCUCCCGAGGCCGUCAUCCAAGCCAUCAUCAACGGCGUUGGUGACGGGUUCCUUGGAACUCAGAACUUUGACUACCCCCUCCACAGGCCGGAGGAAGUUGGCCUUCAAUAUGAGAAUGUGACCUUCAUCUCGGAGGACGGCGUGACAUCUGCCGGCUGGUUCUUCCCCAAGGAGGGCUCGGAUAAGCUCAUCAUCGCCAACCAUCCUCGAUGGUUCAACCGAGGUGGAAUCCGCGGGUAUACAGAGGAGGAGGCUCGUGCGCCUGGAAGCUACUGGGCGGUCAACUUUAUCCCCGACUACGAGAUUCUUCUUAACGCUGGAUACAACGUCCUAGCUUAUGAGUACCGCAAUCACGGCGACAGCGAUUCCACAUAUGCUCAUACCUUGGGCUUGCUGGAGUCACAAGACAUGGUCGCAGCGCUGAACUACGUCCACAGCCGCGAAGACACCAAGAACAUGAAGAUUGGCCUUUUCAGCAAAUGUGUCGGCGCCAACUCGAACCUUCAUGCAUACAGACUCCACCCCGAGGCAUUCGAGGGCGUGAAGGCCCAGGUAUUUGCCCAGCCUCUGACUGUCAGAGUCCGCCUAUCUAGGGUCUUGGAGCUUCUCGGUAUCUCACUUGACUACAUGCCAGCUGUCGACGACUCGCUCCACAACGCUACUAAUUUCCGCUUUGAGGACUAUGAGCUCGUCCCAAGUGCCAGCCUGGUUCAGAUCCCUACUUUUGUCUACCAAGUUCACGACGACUUCAACACACUGCCCAGUGAUGUGCAGUCCGUGUACGACGCCAUGCCGGUUGAGGACAAGAGCUUGUACUGGAUUACAGGCACCGACCGCCGCUGGGAUGCAUACAGCUGGUUCCAGGAGCAUCCCGAACAAGUCGUGGCAUGGUUCGACCGCCUUCUUUGA